AUGGACGAUUUGUUCAACGUCUUUGACGCCCCGGCCUCAAAUGCCAAGGCGCAACCGAGUUCCUCGUCCAACAACAACACCAACAAGCCCCCGCGAGCCAAACGGGAGAAGCGAAGCAAGAAGCGGAAGGCUGAGGAUGUCAGCCACGCGACAAAUGGUCAUGCUGCGACGUCAAAUUCCGCUCCCGAAGCCGACCCGGCCGACGUCGUCCCUACGUCGCCAGAGGAUGAGGAUCACGACGACGCCGCUUCGGAUGAUGCGAUGCAGGAUAGCAAGCGCCGGCGCAAGGAGGGCGAGACCGCGGAUCCUGUCUUGACCGACACAUUCGAGACCGCCGCGAGCCGCGAAGUUGCGACAGCAGCAGGCUUCGCGCCCACGGCAGAGGAGGAAGCCGCGUCACUCGUCCUGUCGCACAACAUUCAGCAUCAGGUCGCACUCCCGCCUGACCUCGACCACGAGUAUGUGCCCCUGUCGGAACACAAGCCUCCCGAGAAGCCGGCCCGCGAGUGGCCCUUCACCCUGGACCCUUUCCAGCGGCUAUCCAUAUCUUCGAUUGAGCGAGACGAGAGUGUACUUGUAUCCGCGCACACUAGUGCCGGAAAGACGGUCGUUGCCGAGUACGCCAUUGCCCAAUGUCUAAAGAGGAACCAGAGAGUCAUCUACACGAGUCCCAUCAAGGCCCUCAGCAACCAAAAGUACCGAGAGUUCAACGAGACGUUUGGCGAUGUGGGUUUGAUGACUGGAGAUGUCACCAUCAACCCUACAGCCAGUUGUCUGGUCAUGACAACAGAGAUUCUCCGGUCUAUGUUGUACCGCGGCUCAGAAAUCAUGCGCGAAGUGGCUUGGGUUGUCUUCGACGAGAUCCACUACAUGCGCGACAAGUCUCGUGGUGUAGUUUGGGAAGAGACCAUCAUCCUCCUGCCUGACAAGGUCCGAUAUGUCUUCCUUUCUGCGACCAUCCCCAACGCCUUCCAGUUUGCGGAAUGGAUCGCCAAGAUUCACCGACAGGCCUGCCACGUUGUCUACACAGACUUCCGACCGACGCCAUUACAAAACUACUUCUUCCCCGCUGGUGGCAAAGGUAUCUUCUUGGUGGUCGACGAAAAGGGUGUCUUCCGGGAGAACAACUUCAAUAAAACGAUGCAGAUGAUUGAGGACCGCAAGGGCGCCGACCCCAAUGACAUUGACGCGAAGCAAAAGGGCAAGGGCAAGAACAAGAAAACAAGCAAGGGUGGACGUGACGAUAGCAGCGGUGACAUCCAGAAGAUCAUCAAGAUGAUCGUCACAAAGAACUUCAACCCAGUCAUUGUCUUCAACUUUAGCAAGAGAGAGUGCGAGAACCUGGCAAUGCAGAUCUCCAAAUUUGCUUUCAACGACGACAGCGAAAAGGCCAUGGUCCGCAAGGUCUUUUCGAGCGCCAUCGAAUCCCUCUCCGAGGAGGACCGAGAGCUGCCUCAAAUCACAAAUAUCCUGCCUCUCCUAGAGAAAGGUAUUGGUGUGCAUCAUUCAGGUCUUCUGCCAAUUCUCAAGGAGACCAUUGAGAUUUUAUUCCAAGAGGGUCUGAUCAAGGUGCUCUUCGCGACGGAAACCUUCUCCAUCGGCCUCAACAUGCCCGCCAGGACAGUCGUCUUCACAAAGGUCACCAAAUUCGAUGGCCAGAGCGUGCGGCCCCUCACAUCUUCCGAGUACAUCCAGAUGUCAGGUCGUGCCGGUCGUCGUGGUCUUGAUGAUCGUGGUAUUGUGAUCAUGAUGGUAGACGAGAGUCUGGAGCCUGAAACUGCCAAGGCCAUCGUUGUUGGACAGCAGGACAAGCUCAACUCUGCCUUCUACCUCGGCUACAACAUGGUUCUCAACCUGUUGAGAAUCGAGGCAAUCUCACCCGAGUUCAUGCUGGAGAACUGCUUUUACCAGUUCCAGAACAGUGCUAGUGUCGCUGGUCUUGAGCUCGAGCUGAUGAAGCUGCAGAAGGAGCGUGAGGAAAUGGUCAUCCCCGAUGAGGCUACCGUCAAGGACUACUAUUCUUUACGGAAGCAGAUCUCCGACUACACCGACGACAUGCUUCGCGUAAUCCAACACCCGGAACAUUGCCAGGAAUUCUUGCAGCCUGGUCGCCUCGUACAGAUUCAACACCCCAAGACAAAGAAGGAUUUUGGCUGGGGUGUUCUGCUUGACUUCACCAAGCGGAAAGAACCUAAAUUCGGCGAGCCCGACUACGAGCCGCAGGAGUCGUACCUCAUUGAUGUCUUCCUCCGGCUGGACCCGAGUUGCGACCCCUUUGGCCACGCCAACCCGAACGCAGCCAUGCCCGAUGGCGCUGUGCCGGGUGGCCAGGGUGGCGACGCCAUAUUCGAAGCUGUUCCUUGCAUGCUCACAUGUAUCAAGGCGUUGAGCCAGAUCCGUGUCUUCAUGCCCAAGGAGCUGAAGUCUCGGUCAGACAUCGAAGGCGUCCGCAAGCAGGUCUCCAAGUCUCUGCGCGAGGUCGAGCGCCGAUUCCCUGACGGUGUUCCGAUCCUGGACCCGAUUGAAAACAUGAACAUCACGGAUGACUCGUUCAAGAAGCUUCUGCGGAAGAUUGAGGUCCUCGAGUCAAGACUGCUGUCAAACCCUCUCCACGGCUCGCCGCUCCUGCCCGGUCUGUGGGAGCAGUACUCCAAGAAGAUUAGCCUCACAGAGCAGAUCAAGGAUCUCAAGAAGAAGAUUGCAACGGCGCACUCCAUCGCACAGCUCGACGAGCUGAAGUCGAGAAAGCGCGUCCUGCGACGACUGGGAUUCAUCAAUGAGGCCGAAGUCGUGCAGAUGAAGGCUCGUGUGGCGUGCGAGAUCUCAUCCACCGAGGGCCACGAGCUCGUUCUCUCAGAGCUGCUGUUCAACAGAUUCUUCAACGAGCUUUCGCCCGAGCUGUGCGCCUCUGUUCUGAGUGUCUUCAUCUUUGAGGAGAAGGUCGAGGCGACGCCGCUGACGGAGGAACUCAUGAAGCCCUUCAGCCAGGUGCAAGCGCAAGCCCGCAUCAUCGCCAAGGUCAGCCAAGAGAGCAAGCUGGAGGUCAACGAGGACGAGUAUGUGCAGAGCCUCAAGUGGCAGCUGAUGGAUACCGUGUACGCCUGGGCGAACGGCAAGCCAUUUGCCGAAGUUUGCAAGAUGACGGACGUCUACGAGGGAUCCCUGAUCCGUCUCUUCCGCCGUCUCGAGGAGCUGCUCCGCCAGAUGGCUCAAGCCGGCAAGGUCAUGGGCAGCGAGGAGCUCACCAAUAAGUUUGAGCAAUCCCUGGCCAAGAUUCGCCGCGACAUUGUGGCCGCCCAGUCGCUGUACCUGUAA